AUGCAAGCAGAAACAUCAAGCGUUAAUAAAAUUCAUCCAUCGAUAGCGAAAGAUCUCGAAAAUGGCGCUCUUUUAUGUUUAAUUUGCAACACACAGGUGAAGAGUAAACUAUGGAUCGCUCAUUCAAAUGGUCGAAAGCAUAGAGAAAAUAUCAAACAAUUUAAAACUAAUCAUUUGAUUACAAAUGCAGCAAAAAGAAAUAUGCAAGAGCCAAUCACAUCAUCUGAUGUAAUUCCCAACAAAAAAACUAAAAGUAAGAAAUUUACCUCUUAUAGUAGUAUUAUUCAAAAACAAACAAUUGCAAAGACAUAUGAAAGUGUUCCCUGGGAAAAGAGCCCCAUGUCUAAGGUAGUAGAAAGUAGCGUUACUAGUGCUCAGAAGAAGAAGAAUAUUAUCGAAGGAGUACCAGAAGGGUUUUUCGAAGACGAAAAGUUGAAUAAAAGGGUCGUUGAAACCAUUGAGAAAGAAGCAAAUAUGGAGCAAGAAUAUGAAAUUUUUAUGAAAGAGUUGAAUGAGGCCGAGAAAGAGGAAGAACGACGUGAAGAAAAUGAAGAACACUUAGGAGCAGUCGAGCACGAUAUAGAACUUAUUGAUGAUCAGAUUAAUCAUUGGAAACGAGUAAAUCAACUAGAAUUACGGAAGGAC